GGAGAGAGCUCCAGCCUGUCGCCUGCUGUCUGUCCCGUCGUCCGUCGCGCAUCUCAUCUCCUCACCACAACACACAAUCUUCUCUCGCGCAAUGGCUUCUCGCACCCGGUUAGCGGUGUCAACCGCUUCGAAGCUCAUACGUACUGGCCGGCCACAGCUUCAGGCAUCGCCAAUCGCAGCCGCCAUCAGUACCUCGGCGGUCCGAUCUUUCACCCAGCUGAACUCGCAAUCCGCAUCUUCAAAUCCACAAAACAUCUUCUCCUCUCUAGGACAGCUCAACUCUUCCUCGGGGCCUCCAUCAUACUUCCAAUCACACAGGCGACUUCCGGCAAACACCGUGAUACGGUUCGUCCCACAGCAAACAGCAUGGAUUGUGGAGCGUAUGGGCAAAUUUCACAGGAUACUGGAGCCCGGUCUCGCCAUUCUGAUACCAUUCAUCGAUCGGAUAGCAUACGUAAAGAGUUUGAAGGAGGCGGCUAUUGAGAUUCCGAGCCAAAGUGCCAUUACCGCAGACAAUGUCACGUUGGAGCUCGAUGGUGUGCUUUAUACUCGUGUCUUCGAUGCCUACAAGGCCAGCUACGGCGUUGAAGACGCUGAUUACGCCAUUUCACAGCUCGCGCAAACUACCAUGCGUUCUGAAAUCGGCCAACUCUCCCUAGACCACGUCCUCAAGGAGCGUGCCAACCUCAACGCAAACAUCACCGCUGCCAUCAACGAAGCCGCACAGGAUUGGGGUGUCACCUGCCUCCGAUACGAGAUUCGCGACAUCCAUGCUCCCGAACCAGUUGUCGAGGCCAUGCACCGACAAGUCACUGCCGAACGAUCCAAGCGUGCCGAGAUCUUGGACUCUGAAGGUCAGCGCCAGUCCGCGAUCAACAUUGCGGAGGGUAAGAAGCAGUCGGUCAUUCUUGCUUCUGAGGCAUUGAGGGCUGAGCAGAUCAAUCUGGCAAGUGGUGAAGCGGAAGCGAUCCUGGUCAAGGCUCAGGCAACCGCCAACGGCAUCGAUGCUGUUGCACGAUCAAUCGCCCAAGGCAAGGGCGCUGCACAGGGUGCCGUUUCUCUUUCGGUGGCCGAGAAGUAUGUCGAUGCUUUUGCCAAAUUGGCAAAGGAGGGUACCAGCGUCAUCGUGCCAGGAAACGUUGGAGACAUUGGUGGUAUGAUUGCUAGUGCCAUGGCAGUCUACGGCAAGGUCAACGAUUCCCAGUUGAAGGCUGUGGCUGGACAAGACACAGCAUCUGGCAGGAAGAUUGCCGAGCUCGAGGAGCAACUUGCAUCAAUUGAAGGUAACACUUCACAAGUGUCCAACGCCAUCAACCAGGCUAUGGACCAAAGGCUCAACAAGAACUGAUCAAAGUCGCUGAGACUUACAAUACCAACAAUAAACGCACGAUACUGGAGCAUGGAGCAACACGGACAUUUUUGCUGUACAAUAUCAUGCUGUAUGAUUAGGAUGGGAAGGCUGGCGAGCGAGCAAGCGAGUCGACUGGUUUGUAUUUUGUACAUUGGGUUCUAUGGGCAUUUGCAUUCACCCAAAAGCCGGCGGGUCUUUCCACUGUUGGGAGUUUCUCUUCUCUCAUGGGUACCCACUCUUCGUAUGUUCAUAGGUAAAGGAAUUGUUAGCAUGCCUACGAUAGCUUAUGUAUGAAGUUUUAUCUUCUAUUCGUGCAUAGUUGACGCGUUCUUGGGCCAUUGAUGUAUUCGCCC